AUGGAUGCUACCAUACUUGGCCGAUACGACCGCUCCUUUGAGGCUUUUCCCAGUUCAACUAACCUUAGGCGUUUCAACCCUUACAAAAAAAUUCCGAAAAUGAUUAGAUGA